UGUAGCCAUAAUUUUUCAUCCAGUGAUUAUUUUAGUAACCAUGAUUGCUUGAUCCUCUAUCAUUUGUUAUAUAUAGAAAUAAUUAUUAUUAAUCUUGAUAUUGUUGUUCAAUAUAAUUAGUGUCUAAUGUAAAACUAGUUACAUGAUUUAAGUUCUGCAUUUUUUGUUUCUCUCUGCCUUUUAAGUUCAAGUCAUCUUAAAAUGGAAGCCAUGGAGCCACAUGAAUUAAAGCAACAAUAUGCAGAAAACCCAGUUCAGAAUCUUCUUCAUCUCUCUUCAGCUUACCCGGGAGUGAGCACGGAUUUCUCCAGCAAGUUCUUUGCCAAUUCUGCUGAUGACCAGUUUCAUGUUCCUUUUGAUGUAUUCUCUCCGAAAUCAACAUCUGUCAGUAUUGGCUCGACUCUAGACAAUGAAGCAAGAGAGAACAGUGUGAACAUCAUCAAUGAAAGGAGGCUGAAGAGAGUGAUAUCUAACAGGGAAUCAGCUCGAAGAUCAAGAAUGCGCAAGAAGAAACUCAUCGAAGAGCUUCAGUUUCAGGUUAACCAGGUUCAAACUGUUAAUCAUCAACUAUCAGAAAAGAUUAUUCUCUUGUUGGAGAAUAACAACCUGAUCCUUCAAGAGAAUUUACAGCUCAAGGAGAAAGUUGCUUCUCUUCAAAUACUUCUCUCCCAUCUCAUGACCCCUCUCCAAGGUCACAAAGAAGCCAUUGCCCCCACUGCAAAUAUGAAUAGCCUCAUAGCUGAGGAUUCAAGUUAAUCCAUUCAUCACUAAACUAUAGAAUGAAUAUAAACUCCGCUUUGAAUUGUGUUGUUCAUGUAAGUAUUCAUUAAGGUUACAGUAAAGGCACUUAUCAUUAGCCAUAAUUCAAAUAAACUCUACUCCUCAUAUUUGUUUGAUCAUGAAGAACUAUAAAUUCUCUUUCUUUCCUGACAA